AUGCGUGGGGCUACCGGUCAGCUCAACUUUGGACAUAGGGGUCAGCUCAACUGUCGUCACGGCGAUGACUGCCUGGAGUACGAUACCAUCCCAGUCAUGGCUAUCACGAUCUUCGCACGAAUGAAAGCCCGGAUAAUCGAAGCCUAUUCCAGCCAGCAGGGUCUAGUCAUGAGGAAGACUGAAUUUUUUGAUUUCUCAACCAAGUCGCAAACAAGAAUAUGA